UCCGGUGCUGAAGCUCGGCCGGCGUCGCCGCAGGAGCGCUGAGAGCGCCGCAAAAGGAGCUGGCGCCGCCUCGCUAAGUCCCUAUCGGUCCUUGCUCCCGCACGGCCAUGGACUGAGCGUCAACCGGCUGCGGGGAUGGGGCCGCCGCUCCCGCUUUUGCUGCUGCUGCUGCUACCGCCGCCACUGCCUCGCGCUCUGCCCGCCCCCGCGUCUGCCCGCGGCCGGCAGCUCCCGGGGCGCCUGGGAUGCUUGUUUGAGGAUGGCUUGUGUGGAUCACUGGAGACCUGUGUGAACGAUGGCGUGUUUGGAAGAUGCCAAAAGGUUCCGGUGAUGGACACUUACCGAUAUGAGGUGCCACCAGGAGCCCUGCUGCACCUGAAGGUCACCUUACAGAAGCUCUCCCGUACAGGUUUCACGUGGCAAGAUGACUAUACCCAGCGUGUGAUCGCCCAGGAGCUUGCAAACCUCCCCAAGGCCUACCUAUGGCAUGGGGAAGCUUCGGGCCCAGCCAGGUCCUUACAACAGAAUGCUGACAAUGAAAAAUGGUUCAGUCUGGAGAGGGAGGUGGCCCUGGCCAAGACCCUUCGGCGCUAUCUGCCCUACCUGGAGCUUCUGUCCCAGGCCCCAACAGCAAAUGCACACCCCAGGAUAGACCAUGAGACUCGUCCAGCCAAGGGUGAGGACUCUUCCCCUGAGAACAUCCUGACCUACGUGGCCCACACAUCUGCACUGACCUAUCCUCCUGCAACCCGGGUCAAGUAUCCUGAUAACCUUCUGCGGCCCCUUAGCCGGCUCCAGCCAGAUGAGCUCAGCCCCAAGGUAGAUGGCGACAUAGACAAACAGAAGCUGAUUGCAGCACUGGGCGCCUACACUGCUCAGAGGCUUCCUGGAGAAAAUGACCCAGAGCCACGGUACCUUGUACAUAGUUCUGUGCGAGCACCAAGGCCAUUCUCAGCAACCGCUUUGUCUCAGAGAUGGCCUCCACCUCCUGGAGACUCCAAAGACUCCCCGAGCAUGGAUGAUGACACACUCCUGCAGAGUCUCCUGAAGGAUUUGCAGCAGAACUCUGAAGUGGACCGCCUGGGCUCCCUGAAGUUGGAGGAGAAGGCAGACUCAGUUGCUGGAGCCAUACAAAGUGAUCCUGCAGAGGGAAGCCAAGAAAGCCAUGGGAGAGGGGCUGAGGGACAGCCCAGAGAGCAGGCAGCUGCCCCAGAGGCAAUGCUUCCAGAUCACAGACUAUCAGAGGUGGAUGACAAGGAGGUCAACCAUCUGAGCUUCCAGCUUGGGGACCUCUUGAAGGACUAUGGGUCUCCUCUAUUACCUGAAGCUCCCCUUCUGGAAAAAUCCUCCAGAGAAGAGAUGAAGAAGUCAGAGCAGCCGGAGGAGGUCUUGUCUUCCGAAGAGGAGACUGCUGGGGUGGAGCAUGUGAGGAGCCGGACUUACUCCAAAGACUUAUUUGAAAGGAAACCGAACUCAGAGUCCCAGCCCAGGAGGCUUGAGGAUCAAUUCCAAAACCGAGCUCCAGAGGUGUGGGAGGAUGAAGAAAGCCUCAAAUUGGCAGCACAGGGACCCCCUAGUGGAGGCCUACAGCUGGAGGUGCAACCUUCUGAGGAGGAACAGCAGGGAUACGUCCUCACAGGAAACAAUCCUCUAAGUCCAGAGAAGGGGAAGCAGCUGAUGGAUGAAGUUGCCCACAUCCUCCGGGUACCUCCCAGCUUCUUUGCAGAUGUCAGAGUUUUGGGACCAGCAGUGACCUUCAAAGUAAGUGCCAACAUCCAAAACAUGACAACUGCAGAUGUCACCAAGGCUGCAGUUGACAACAAAGACCAGCUGGAGAAGGCAACUGGACUGACAAUCCUUCAAAGCGGAAUCAGGCCGAAAGGAAAGCUCAAACUCCUGCCCCAUCAGGAAGAGCAAGAGGACUCUACCAAGUUCAUUGCGCUCACCUUCCUCUCCAUUGCCUGCAUCCUGGGGGUUCUCCUGGCUUCCAGCCUUGCCUACUGCCUCCGCCACAACUCACACUACAAGCUGAAGGACAAAUUGUCUGGACUAGGCGCUGACCCCAGUGCAGAUGCCACUGAAGCCUACCAGGAGCUAUGCCGCCAGCGUAUGGCUGUUAGGCCACAGGAUCGCUCUGAGGGACCACAUGCAUCACGCAUCAACAGUGUCUCAUCCCAGUUCAGCGAUGGGCCGAUGCCUAGUCCUUCGGCUCGGAGCAGUACUUCAUCCUGGUCUGAGGAGCCUGUCCAGUCCAACAUGGACAUCUCUACUGGCCACAUGAUCCUGGCCUACAUGGAAGACCAUCUGAAGAACAAGAACCGUCUGGAGAAGGAGUGGGAAGCACUGUGCGCCUACCAAGCAGAGCCCAACAGCUCGCUUGUGGCCCAGAGAGAGGAGAAUGUACCCAAGAACCGUUCCCUGGCUGUGCUGACCUAUGACCACUCCAGGAUCCUGUUGAAGUCUGAGAAGAGCAAUGGCAGUUCCGACUACAUCAAUGCCAGCCCCAUUAUGGACCAUGACCCACGAAACCCCGCAUACAUUGCCACCCAGGGCCCACUUCCCGCCACGGUGGCCGACUUCUGGCAGAUGGUGUGGGAAAGCGGUUGUGCCGUCAUUGUCAUGCUGACACCCCUCUCGGAGAACGGCGUCCGGCAGUGCCAUCACUACUGGCCCGAUGAAGGCUCCAACCUCUACCAUGUCUACGAGGUCAAUCUAGUCUCUGAGCACAUAUGGUGCCAGGAUUUCCUGGUGAGAAGCUUUUACCUGAAGAACCUGCAGACCAAUGAGACUCGCACGGUGACCCAGUUCCACUUCCUGAGUUGGUAUGACCAGGGAGUCCCUUCCUCCACGAGAUCACUCCUGGAUUUCCGCAGAAAAGUGAACAAAUGCUACAGAGGCCGCUCUUGUCCGAUAAUUGUCCAUUGCAGUGACGGCGCUGGCAGGAGUGGAACCUACGUCCUGAUUGACAUGGUUCUCAAUAAGAUGGCCAAAGGUGCUAAAGAGAUUGAUAUCGCAGCGACCCUGGAGCACUUGAGGGACCAGAGACCAGGCAUGGUCCAGACAAAGGAGCAGUUUGAGUUUGCGCUGACAGCUGUGGCUGAGGAGGUGAAUGCCAUCCUGAAGGCCCUUCCCCAGUAGGCGCUGAAGCUGGAGCUGGCGGGACCCCACCACGAGUGCUUCCAGGACCACAACAGGAUUAUCAUUUCUGCAUCUUCUAUGUAGUAACAGGGUCCUUCGGGCUCCACAGUCAGUGCAGGUGGCUAGUCAUGUGUACUUCGAAUUAACCAAAUAGCACAUGUGUGGAAACACCCAGGAAGGAAGGAAGGAAAGAAGGAAGGAAGGAAGGAAGGAAGGAAGGAAGGAAGGAAGGAAGGA